UGUACCAUGCCCGACAUAGCCAAAAUGCAAAGUGAAGGUGUUAAGGUACCGAUCAAGUUCAAUGAAUAUGGACAAGUGAUUGGUACAAUGAGAUCAAAAUUGGGAUCAAUGAUCGGAUCAACUAUCAAGAGGUGUGCUUCAAUCACAUACGCGAGUUGGGAUAAAGUCCCUAAAUCAAACAAAGAAAAAUUUUGGGAAAUCAUUAAGGCUACAUUUGACAUAGACCAUAAAUCAAAAAGAAAAAUUAUGUCAAGGGCGGCAAAACGAUGGAGAUCAUUCAAAUCCCAUCUGACUAAGGUAUGCAUCUAUGAUGUACUUGAUGCAAAUCCGACCAUCAAGACGUUCAAUAUGCCAAGAGGUUACUCACAGUUGAUCACUAAAACAGAAUGGGAUGAGUUCUGUGUUUCACGCAUGACUGAUGAUUGGAAGAAAAUAAGAAAAAUACAUCAAGAUCGUCGAAAAAAAAAUAAACACAACCAUCAUAUGUCACGAGGUGGGUAUUUGUUGGCACUGGAAAGGCUGCAACAAAAAAAAUUUGGACUCGAGGUGUCUGAAAUCGACAGGUCACAGUUGUGGUUGGCGGGACAUUCUAACAAAAAGGGUGAGCCGGUUGGUACCGAGGCAACAAGCGUAGCUCGCAACAUAGAGCACUAUACUAAGCUCAUGAGUGAAGGAAAAUUUGAACCUGAUGGGUCUAAGGAUGUGCUUACUAUGGCAUUAGGCACCCCUGAGAGCAGAGGGCGAGUGAGGGGUAUUGGGCUCGGUGUAACGCCUAGCCAAUUCUGGAAAACCCCACUAUCCAGUAAGAAAAAGGGAAAAGAAUUUGAGGCUUCCUCAGUUGAGGCUCGAUUUGCAAUGAUGGAAGAAAAAUACCGUCAACAAGAAGAAAUAAUGAAACAACAACAAGAAAUGAUCAAAAGACAAAAGGAAAUGAUGCGACAGUUUAUGGAACAGAUGAAAGGACAACAUAGUGGCUUUGGAGGAUCUUCUCAUGCGUCAGUGCCAAACUAUGGAUCACCCAUAGAUCAGGUGACACCAUCUCAUCAAGCAUCACCGAAAUCGCAGCAUCAACCUCUAGCACCCCCGCCCCCAUAACCAGAAGAGGCACCUGUGUUUAUCCCCACUCCUGGAUCAAAUCAGGAUAAAAUGAUUGAAUGCAAAUUUGCAUUAGGCUCUAUCACCAACAUCGUUGGUAGGGGAUACAUUCUAGUUACUAGUAGCUCAGACAUCCAUGGAGAAAACUUAGGAGAAAACUACCGCGGAGCAAUUGA